GGAAUCCCUUUGCUUCUGAGUAGAUUCUUCUGCAAGACUGCAAACAAUGAUCAUUCAAUUUGCAAUGCUAGUCCUUGCCACUGAUCUUGUCUCUGGAAAUACAGUUUCACAAGGUGAUCGUUCAAGGACAGUUCGUGAGGGAGAAACUGUUCAGCUUACUUGUAAAUACACUACAAGUUUCACCUACUAUGCUCUUACCUGGUAUAAACAUGCCCAAGAGAAGCCCCCUCUCUAUUUAACUCAGAGGCAGCAGGACGAUUAUGAACACCGUGCUACUAACCUGGACAGACGUUUUUCCACACAGUUAAAAACCAGGGACAAGGUGAUAACUUUAGCAAUUGCCAGUACGAAGCUGGACGACUCGGCCACAUACUACUGUGCUUUGUUCGACCCACACUGUAUGAACAUACAGCUCAUUCUCAACAGUCAAGUCAUCUUCAGGGGAGCUAUACUCCGUCUGUGUGUCAUGUCUGUAGUUUCUAAGCAAGCUGAUCCUCAGCGAAGGCUGCAGGCAAUGUUACCUGUAUGUUUCUUUGUACUUUUUGUAAUUGAUGUUGUCCUUGGAAAUACACUAACAAUGGAAGAGUCUGAAAAACAAGUUGAAGAAGGAGGAGCUGUCCAUAUUACUUGUAAAUACACGACAAGUUAUUCCAACUACUAUCUUUAUUGGUACCGACAUGAUGAGGCGAAUCCUCCUCUGUUUUUGAUCCGGAGGUAUUCACUCAACAAUGCUGAACGGCGAGCUGACGGUCUCGACACACGUUUUUCCAUGGAGCUGAAAACCACAGAGACGUCGACAACAUUAACAAUUACAGGAUCACAGCUGAAAGAUUCGUCCACCUAUUACUGUGCUCUCACUGGAACAAAAUUCACUUUUGGAGCUGGUACCAAACUAAUUGUUGAGCCCAGUGGUUUAUACUGUGUGACUGAUGGAUAUAAGCUAACAUUUGGACAGGGGACACAGCUGUUUGUCCAACCCAAAAAAAAAUCGGAAACAGCAGCCUUUGUCUUAGGAUCUGACGAAGACAAUAAGAAAGGCAAAGCCAGAGCCUGUCUCAUCACAGACUUCAGUUCCCAUGACAUCAGUGUUACAUUGAAUCAUACAACCGUUUCUGUAGACCCCUCGGUAAUUGAAGGAGAAGAGCAAUACAGUGUGGUGGCAUUUCUCCCAGAAAGCAAAGAGAGAUCAAACUUCAGCUGUAAUGUAUUUGUUAACGGCACACCGACUGAAGGAAACAACACUGAUAUAGAAAACGUGUGUGUGUCUGACUUGGCAUACGUUUUUGAAUCAGAUGAGAAUCUGAACUCUUUGUCUUUGAUGGUGCUGGGUCUGAGGGUCAUAUUUCUGAAGAGCAUUGUAUUCAAUGUGCUCAUGACAGUCAGAGCGUGGAUGAGUUAGGAUACAUCAAAUAUAUGACCAAGACAUGGAUUGUUGAACCAAAAGGAAUGAAGCAAACAUUUUAUUAAAGCAGUUUUCAGAAGUUCUAGGCUUGUGGGUUUGAUUAGGCUUUACAGAUAUUAUUGGAAAUUGAAAAUACUUUGCCGUACUUUUAGCAGUAAGAAUGAUAUCGAUUUUGUAAUGGCAAUAUGCUUUAGAAUGCAAUAUUAAAAUAAUCAAAUUUGCUUAUAAAAUUUAUGUAGCCUUUAUCAAGAUAUUUUUUCAAUGUGCUUAAAAUAUAGAUUGUAAACUGUCUGGUUUUAUUAUGUUAGUUAACUAAACAAUGCACUGUAUUUCACAGAGCUUUAACUCAAACAUUAUUUUUUAAAACAUCCAUCAACAAAAGUAGGAACUGAUCAAAUGAGAAGCUGUAAGAAAUUUUUUAAGCUCAGCUCUUAUGGAAAGAGAAAAGUGGCACAUCUACGUGGUUCCUGUUACUGUGCAAACACAAGGCACACAUGUACUAGUUAGUUAUGAGUGAAAGCUUUGUGAAUAGAUGCCAAAGUAAUUACAAACAGUGAAUAUUCAAAAUAUAUAUUAUUGGAUAUAUUGAACAGUGCAUUGUAACUUGAAUCAGCAACAUUGUUCUGUUAAAUAAGCAGAAUUUCAUUAGAAAAGUAUGUGCUUUGCCAUUUAUCCUUCAUGUAGCUUAUGCUAGUAUAUAUUGAUUACAUAUUAAAUGUACAAAAUGGUGUGUUUUCACCAUGUCUGUAUCGCAUAUAAAAUACUGUAAUAAUAAUUAAAAAAAAAUAUUA